AUGAAUUCUUUCUUCCGCAUCGCGCCCACACCCCGCGAUAGGACUGCUGCUGCUGUCCCACUGAAGCAUCGCAUCACGAAGGUGCGACACAAGUGGGCAUGGGUCGGUCUAGUGCUCAUUAUUGGAGCGGCGAUGGUGGCUAUUGUCGUUCCCAUCUGGGCCAUGGUUCGAGAGGAAAAGUCUGGCCCCGGAGGACCGGAGCUUGACGAGCCCCUGCCUGGGGGUCUGGUGGAGUUAGAUGGAAGUACUAUGAUGACUGAUCUGCGUCUGUUAGCGACCUCAGCGCCGUCGUUGAUAGGGGAGGUUGCUAGCAUAUUGCCGCUGGAUAUCGUCCCUACCGUCGUUCAGCACAAGCCAGACACGAUCACCGUCACGCUAACGAGUACCACUACUGUCCACGUCACAACUAAGGCUUCAACGACAAUAACUAUGUACCCUACGAAUACGGAUAGUCGUUCCAAAUCCUCUCAUACGAUUCCUACACACUUUACCAAGACAGCAGCCCUUUCAACGGCCACUAACGUGCUCUCUACUGAGACGGCGGCUUCUUUAAUGACCUCUGCCGUGCUCUCCGCCGAGGUGACAUCCCCUUCGGAAAGCAUCCAGCCAGCUGACGACAUGGACGUACAGAUGUACUGCCGCGCCACCAACCGCCAGCACAAUGUCUACACGCUCUGCACCCAAGGACACACCGGCAUGACCGGCAUGUUGAAGCCGAGCAGCCCAUUCGACACCUUGGACUCCGCCGGGAUCAGCUUAGGAGCCUCCAAUCCCUUCUUGAUGGCGAAGAUGGCGAUGCUAGGGAUAUGGAAUGCCGCGGCAACCAACUUACCUGCGUUUUCAGGAAGACUUCGAGAUACUUCACACCGCUCAAGUGAGAAUUGCAAAGAAGAACGCAGAUGCAACUGCUCCACCAUAGAAAAUCUAGAGAAACAGAAUCGCCAACUGAAAGACACCCUUGAGAAUGCGAGGGAGCUGAUUAAGUUGCAGUGGGAGUUAGUGUCCGAGGAGCACAAUAUCAUCACGGAGCAGAAGAUGGAUCUGGAGGACAUGGCGUGGAUAUGGUACGAAUAUUCGAAUCAGUAGCAAAUGUUGCGGACAAGAAGAGUACGCAGGGGGAGUGCGAAGCGGGGCUGAAAAGGCAGAGGUGAAGUCCAGGAGCUCUGGAGAACCAUGAAAGGGGCCAGACGAGGCUAUGACGAGGCUAUGACGUGAUCGUACAAUUGAGGAUACGUAAUAAUGGCCAGAAAAGGGUGUAGGGGGAUGGAUUGUACGUACUGUAGAGGAGUCUGGAUACGAGCGAGAACAGACAGUGAUAGCAUGAACGAGUCACUAUUCAGGAUAAGGUGGCUCACGCUCAAGAUCGAGAGGGCAUGGUCUGGUAUGAGGAAAAGGGAUUGUAUCUAUAAGAAGUUAACAUGAUGAGGAUGAUUCAUGAGUGUCAUGGAUGAGUACAUAGUUAAUUAUGGCGAGCGAAUAGUAGCCGCGAAUGAUAAUGACGAG